AUUUGUUGUUUUCUUGCAUCUUCCAUCACUCAAUCCUUAUAUAAACCCUAAACCCUCCAUGCAUUAAACUCAAACCACACACAUCCCUCUCUCUAAAUAUGAACUUCCUUUCGGCUGCAAUUUGCCUGCUACUCCUCAUUUUUGGCACUGGUAUGGCGCCAAUGGUUGCAGAGGCCAGGCUUUGCGAAACUCCGAGUCACAAUUUCAAGGGGCUAUGCUUUAGUAACAACAACUGUGGCCAUGUGUGCAAGGGAGAGGGGUUUAACAAUGGCGCUUGCAGGGGCUUCCGCCUUCGUUGCUUAUGCUCAAAGCAGUGUGUUUGAUAUCUCAUUCAUCAACUAAUUGUCUAUCUACUUUCCAAGUUGUAUGAAUAAAGUGGCCAUCCUCUUUGGCCCCUCCUUCCUUCCUUCCUUCCUUUCAUGUAUUUUUGCUUCAAUGUUGUGUAAGCUCUUUUGGAAUUUUGGUUUAUGCAAUAAUAUGCGUAUGCGUGGUGUUGUUUAUGUUAGAAA